UGGUUCAACGCGGAGUGGGGCAAGGCGGAGCAUGGGCGCGGGAGUGACACCGCAUCCCUACCCUAUCGACGGCAGCAGGCAAGAAAUGGCGCCGAGUGCCUGCCCUAACUUCUCCAUUCGGUGAUUUGUUCGAGUCAUGUCAUCGCGUGGGCGGAAUUUUUAUUAGAUUAGCUCGAGUCCGAUCGCCGAGAACGGGAUGCGUUGGAUCUGAACAGGGCAGCGGCAUGCUUUUGUGGAUCGUAUCUUGAUACUUCAGUUUGUCUGCCAAUAUCUUCUUAAUCCUGCCAUCUUCUUUUUAACAUCGAGCGUUUGUUUUCUUUCGAGGCAGGCGACUUGUCAUUUUCAUAAGGAGACGAUAAAGGAUGAUUACCAGAAGGUUCACUGCCUGCUCGUUUACUUUGGAAGGCGAUCAAGUUUCCAUUUUGGACGGAUCUCGCGUGAUGAAGGAUUAAGAAAUUACAGAGAAGAUGAACAGCGGCUAGGGCGUAGUAAAACUGGGAAUUUUUGUUCUGUUUAAAGAUUCGGAAUCGUAGGACUGGGAGGGUUUCGAGGAGCGGAGUCGACGUCCACUCGUGUGUCUGCGCUCUCCCUCCGCCACUGCGCCCUUUAAGAACCGUCCACCUCUCCUUCUGCCGCCGCCAUCAUCAUCAUCAUCACCAUCCCGUUCGCGGAAGGAAGCAAGGAAGGAAUCGGCGGGAGGAAUUUUUGACCGGAAUCGAAGGUUUUUCCGUCCCAAAGUGCGAUCUUUAAUCAUUCGCCGGGGUCUUCCAGUGUUAGAGAAUGGAAGCGUCUCGCUUUCUCCAAAGUGGGGUUUCAUUUCCUCCUCGUCCCUUGCGCCGUUGUCUUUGACAUCUUUAUCGUUCUUUUUCUUUAUCGUUUGGAUCCAUACAACUCCUCAUAGAAGAAAGAAGGCUGUCUUCUUCGCUCUGUCGGAGUUCAAUCUCGCCAUUCAUCUUUCGUGACCUGAUUGUAGUAUUCUCAGAAAUACUUACUGAAACUGUACUGUUUGCCAUCGUUCUUUUGCUUUCCUGCCUCUAAUCAUUCGAAAUGUCCAUGUAGCUUCUUUCCAAGAUUUCCCAUAAAUCUAGGCGAACAUUUCAUCGACUGUCGGUAGCUUUCCCUUUGUCGAUUCCUCCCUCCCAGCGCUUUUCUCGCGCGUCUUCAUCUUCAUCUCUUUUUCCUGCAAUAGCAUUUGGUCUUGCAUCUUUGAUUUUUCUGGAUCUCGGAGAGUGGGUUGCUGCAGAAUGCCAAGGCAUAAUUCAGGUACCAACGCCUUUUUUGAUGGAUAUUGCACUGGGCCAAAGCUAGUCACCUCAUCAUGUUCAUCGAGUUCAUUCUCGAAGACUCACUGUUUUAAGAGGAAAGUGUUGAUCUCCAAGAAGAAAGGGUCGACGACGCCAGUUCCCUUGUGGAGAGACCAUGCUAGAUCACCACAAUGCGUUACCGGCUCUCAUGAAUCGCCAAAGCACCUGCUUUCCGCAAAUGGUGGCAAACAAACGCGAGUUCCUCUAUCAGCUAGGAAGCUGGCUAAUGCUCUCUGGACACUGAGCCACACUCCGCAAGGAAAAUUCAAGGAUUUACAGGGCAUGAGAUCGAUGCCAACGACCAGGAGAGUGACAAAUUCAGGGUGUGUGGCAGAUGUUUCUGUUCGUCGUCAUAUAUGCAAUCAGGAAAAUUUCUCAGCAUCAGAAAUGCUGAACCAGUGGAGAUCGAGCAACCAUAGGCAAAUGUUACAACCAAUUCGCCAAAAAUAUGGAAGCCAGAAGAACAGUAGGGUACCUUCUGAUAAACCCAAUUUAAUGGAGACUGAAACUUCUCUCCAGGGUCUCACUUCAAUAGGCUCACCUGUAGGAGGUGAGAAACAUUCGUAUGAAUUACGUAGUAAUUUGGUUACUACAAAAAAACUCAUGAAAAUAUUCAUCCGGCUAUGUGGAUUGCAUAAGAAGCCAGAUUCUGCAAUCUCUCUUGCUAGAAUCAUUUACUGCCAAUUAAGCCAGGCACUUGUCUCAGUUGAUCAGCUUGUCCAUGAGAAAGAAUCUGAGGAAAGUAAAUUUCUUCAUCUUUUGAACCAGAUCGUGGAAGAAAAAAGAACAUGGAAGAAAAAGAAGCAAGAAGGAAUAAGACUUUCUUUUCAGCCUAUAAUUGAGGGACUUGAGACUGAAAGGAAAUUAAGAAGAAGAGCUGAGUGGGAGAAUAAAAAACUCAGAGUUGAACUAGACAAAGUUAAUUCUUCACUGGCAGAAGCAUGUGAAAACCUGGACAGUGAGAGGAAAACAAGGGAAAUGAUCGAACAAUUCUGUGGUCAGAUGAUUAAAGAAAUCGGUGAUGACAAGGCUGAAGUAGAAGAGCUGAAGUGGGAAUCUGUAAAGGCAAGAGAAGAGCUGGACAAGGAGAGACAAAUGCUUCAGCUCGCAGAUGAAUUGCGCGAAGAAAGAGUUCAGAUGAAGCUAUGUGAAGCCAAAUAUCAAUAUGAAGAGAAGAAUGCAGCUGUUGACCAAUUGAGGUGCCAGCUUGAGGCAUUUCUAGUAACUAAAAGAACAAAAGAAACAGAAAAUGAGCCAUGGAAUCUUAUUUGUGACAUGGAAAAUGAUCGCCCAAGACAAAUGGUGCACCAAAGCAGUAGCCUAGGUAAGCUAAUUAUGGACAAUAAAGAUCUAGAUGAAGAAAAUGAUGAAACUGACUCAGAAGAUAGUGAUUUGCACUUGAUUGAACUGAAUUUGGACGACAACAACAAUGGCUACUGUUGGAAUCAUGCUUCUGCAGCCAUUGAUGAUGAUAAACUAGAUUUGUCAAAGGAAAAACAUUGUUGGAGCACAAAAUGUGAAAAACUGCCUGGUACCUACCUCUCUUCAGAGCAAGUCACAACUGAGGGAGUCCAAGAAAACUCUACAAAAAGAGAUCAGCAUUUGGAUAAUAAUCUUGAUGAAGGAAGACAAAUUGACAGUAUUGGCAUGGUCGACCAAUAUGGGGUUCCAAAGGAACAACGCACUGAGAAUUCAAGAAUUGUUCUUCCACUUACUCUACCAAAUUCAACAAAGCAAUCAAGCAGACAAGAAAAUUUGCAAAGUACACUGGAGCAAGUUUGUUUAGCAUCAAAGGUUUCUGAACUGUUGAAAGCAUUUAGGGAGAGUGAAUCUAAAGCAAAUUUGGGAAGGAUGAAAAAGGUUCAUUCUGAGUUGCAGCUAACUAUUCAGUAAUUUGUUUGUUAUCAUUCCAUAGUUAUGCAUUGAAGUGUUAUUUAUUAUGUGACUGGAAGGAUCUGCAUUGAUUCUUUAUCUUCAAGAACUUUAGUGUCACAGAGUGAAAUAACUUGCAUCUGAAUGUGGAUGUAAGGUAGGCAUACAGGGAUAAAAUUUCGUUGUACAACUUAUCAUUCAAAUUAUCAUUGAUUUGUGAAUUA